AUGGGACCCUGGAGGCUGGCGCUUGUGCUGGUCUUGGCGCUUGUGCUGGCUCUGGGGUCCCGGCCGCAGGAGCAGCGACUCAGGGAGUCCCAGAACCUCAACUGGAACAGGUUUUCAGGGUUCUGGUACAUUCUGGCUAUCGCCUCUGAGGGCCACGGAUUCUUGCCGGGCAGAGACAGGAGGAAGCUGGGGGCGUCCGUGGUGAAGGUGCACGCCACAGGCCAGCUGGAGGUGGUCCUGGCCUUCGGCCGGUCACAGGGGUGCCGGUCACACACGUUAAUUCUGCGGAAAGACAGGAAAAAGGCGAUGUUCAGGAAUACUUGUGCGUACGGUGGCCCGGGGCCCAGAGAGAAAGACCUGGUGAAGGGGGUGGAGGGCUUCCGCGUGCUGGCCACCGACUACAGCUACGGCGUGGUCUACGUGCGCCUGGGCCGGGCUGGCCGGACCUCCAGGACCCUGCUGUUCUUCAGCAGACAGAACAUGUCCAGCUUCCCGAGCAUGAGAAAAUUUGUAGACAUAUGUGAGAUUUUGGAGGUCGCCGACGGUGUGACUGUCCUCCCGAAAGACGACGCCUGUGCACACCAUCCUGCCCUGAGAGCCGGCCGUCCCCUCGCUGCUUCCCUUGGGGCUCCGCCUGCGAAACCCCCAGACGCCGGGAGCGCGGGCCAAGACGUGCUGAGACGCGUUUGAUGACCUCGGGGCCACUGAUGGGGUGAUGGCUGGGGCCGUGGCUGUAGCCCAGGAGGGAUCCUUUAGGAUCA